AUGAGUGGAGAUUUCCUAAGCAAGAAUCUAAGCACCUCAGCCUGGAAAACUAACAUCACAGUGCUGAAUGGAAGCUACUACAUUGAUCCUUCAGUUUGUGUCAUCAGGACUCAAGCCAUGAUUUUGCUUUCCAUCAUCAUUUCCCUGCUUGGGAUGGGACUAAAUGCCAUAGUGCUAUGGUUCCUGGGCAUCCGUAUGCACAUGAAUGCCUUCACUGUGUACAUUCUCAACCUGGCUAUGGCUGACUUUCUUUUCCUGUGCUCUCAGUUUGUAAUUUGUCUUCUUCUUGCCUUUUAUAUCUUCUACUCAAUUCUCAUUGACAUCCCUUCGUUACUUUAUGUUGUGCCAAUAUUUGCUUAUCUUUCUGGUCUGAGCAUUCUCAGCACCAUUAGCAUUGAGCGCUGCUUGUCUGUAAUAUGGCCCAUCUGGUAUCGCUGUAAUCGUCCAAGACACACAUCAGCUGUCACAUGUUUUGUGCUUUGGGUUAUUUCCCUAUUGUUGGGUCUCCUGGAAGGGAAGGCGUGUGGCUUACUGUUUAAUAGCUUUGACUUUUAUUGGUGUGAAACAUUUGAUGUUAUCACUAGUGUAUGGUCAAUUGUUUUAUUUGGUGUUCUCUGUGGGUCUAGCGUCACCCUGCUUGUCAGGAUCUUCUGUGGCUCACAGCGAAUUCCUAUGACCAGGCUGUAUGUGACUAUUGCACUUACAGUCUUGGUCUUCCUGAUCUUUGGUCUUCCCUUUGGAAUCUCUUGGAUACUCGAUCAGUGGCUUAGCAAUUUUCAUUAUGUUAAAAUUUGUGAUUUUUAUCUUGAGAUACUAUUCCUAUCCUGUGUUAACAGCUGUUCCAACCCCAUCAUUUAUUUCCUCGUUGGCUCCAUUAGGCACCGAAGGUUCAGGCGGAAGACUCUCAAGCUACUUCUGCAAAGAGCCAUGCAAGACACCCCUGAGGAGGAACAAAGUGGAGAUAAGAGCUCUUCAGAACGCUCUGAAGAACUGGAAACUGUUCAGAGCUGCAGCUGACAACUGCUUGAUCAGACAAAAAUGGUUUUGACGGAAAUAAUUUUUUCUUAUCUGUGUGGACCAUUUUUACAACCUUGUUCAGUUUGUUAUCUCAUCUUCAACUGUUUAAUUAAAACAAAAAUUUUUGUAAAAGUUGAGAGAAAUGGGUCUUGUCCUACAAAUACUGAAUGUAGCAUUUCUGAAGCUAUGUUACUUAGGGAUUUACCAUCUCCUUUUAAUGGGACUCCUUAUAAGUGUUCUAUGGUAGAGAACAGCUCCUAUUGUUGAGACAAACUCUCCUUCUUUAGAAGGCAAAUGGAAAUACAAGGAAUGGCUGUAUUUCUUUACCCACUGAAAUGUAUAAUGCUUACACAAAUGUUACAUCUAGCAACUAUUCUUUUAGAACACCCUUCUCAAUGUUUAAGAAUUAAAUAGAAACACUUUAUAAUCCUAGUCCUUAUUAAUUUCUUCAAGUUAUAAAGAAUAUAUGAAGUGAUAGUUUUUCUUACAUAAAUUGUUUACUAAACAAAUAAAAAUUCUCAAAAGAAGACUGUUACAUUUCUCUUCACCCAGCUGAGUCCUCACUGUGAAUAUCAAUUUCACUGUGUCUCUAAUUUUUAAAAUUUGAAGAGUGCACUUAGGUUUGGCAAUGAGAUUCUUCAAAAUCCAUGUCCACAUGAAGGUGAAAAGAGUCAGACUUUUGUGUUUCUCUUCACAAUGCCUUCCUUAGCAUUCCAUGGUCGAGUCUUUUCCAUUUACCCCCUUGCCUUUGCUGUGAUUUCUGCUCUCUCUGACUUUCUAAUUCUUCAUGAGAAGUUUCCACUAAGGUACUCUAGAGAAACCUGUCUCAAAUUUAAAUCACCCUCAGAUACUUUAUUACUUGAAUUUGUUACUUGCAUUUAUAACAAUCAUUUUAAUUGAAUAUGAAUAUUUUUGUAAUACUUUCUAUAAAAUAAUAUUUGUUUUUAAGCUGUACUAUGAUAUUUUCAGUUGAAGCAUAAUUAAAAGAGUUCAACCAAA